UUUCUUAUGUAGUACUUUCCAUAGCGAUGGAAAAUCUAAGUGGCUCCUUUCUCCUUUAAGCCGUGGACUUCAAGCAUCACGUGAACGCGCACUCAUCUUCCCAUAUGACCGCAAAGCUCCUCAACAACCCAUUUAUUUCCAGCAUUACCGUAAGUCUUAAGGCAAACGCGCAUUGAUAUAGGGGCUGAGAGCCCGGCAUAACGCGGACAACCGUAUUACAACGUGGCCCUCUAGCUGGACUUGUUAGAAGACGGCUGAUCCAAGCUGAUUAAUCUAGUGUUGUUAUUCACAGACGUCGCGUUUAACCUAAAAGAUCAAGUGCAGCAAUGAAGCUGCUGUCAAACCUGUUGCUACUGUCUCUGGUCCUUCUGCUGUUGCAAGGUCACCUCAGCUGGGCAAAGCGUGGAGGAGGUGGGGGCUUUAGCUUUGGCAAGAAAUCCUCAAGCAGCAAAGGGCACACAGGAGGAUCACGCAAGCCAGGACAGGGCACACACAUGCAGCCUGGGCAGUACCCCAGGCAGCCAAACCAAAACCCUGCAGGAGGGUACCCCGCGGCGGGCGGGUACCCAGCGGCGGGCGGAUACCCAGCGGCGGGCGGGUACCCAGCGGCGGGCGGAUACCCAGCAGCGGGCGGGUACCCUGGAGCAGGAGGGUACCCUAACCAGUAUCCAGGAAGAGGUGGUGUUAAUCCUGGUGGGUACCCAGGGGCAGGAGGGUACCCUGCAGCGGGCGGGUACCCAGCGGCAGGAGGGUACCCCGCAGCGGGCGGGUACCCAGCGGCAGGAGGGUACCCAGCCAGAGCAGGUAUGAAUCCAGGAGGUUAUCCAAAUCAGUAUGGAGGAGGAGUCUACCAUGGUGGAGCAGCCUAUCCUGGAGGUUACCCUCACAGGGGAGCGACAGGGUGGGGACAGCAAGGUGGUUUUCCUGGGGGUUACCCAGCAGGAGGUGGAGGGUAUCCAAACUGGAACCCUAAUAAUCAGAUCCUGAGUCCACGCUAUGGUGGAGGCUACGGGUAUGGUGGCGGCGGCGGGGGGUUUGGAAUGGGAGGCUCGCCGUUUUCCCGGACAGUGCAUAACAUGGGAAUGGGUCCCUCUAUGAAAUCCAAGGGAUUUGGCAGGAACGCAGCCCUGGCAGCAGGAGUUGGAGUGAUGGCGGGCAUGGCAGUGGGCUACGGCUUGGGGCGUUUCCCACGGCCUCAUUUCCAUUUCAACAGUCCACAGGAGGAGUACUACUACAAUCAGUACAUGUACCGCCGCUACGGCAGAGUUUCCACCGAUGAAAACGAUUUUGGCCGCGACUACCAAUUCAAGCCGCCUCCGCAAUCGUACGAGAACUACAUGGACUCCUGUAUGAAGCGGACGGACUUGCUACAGGCGCUCAACUCUCAAGACCACAGAGAGGGCGAUGCUCAAACCACCAACCAGGACACAGCAGGGGAUACCCUGAUCGUUGGCACUGGUGGUGGGGGAGGUGCAGAGGCCCCGUCUACGACAGCUAACAGCUCCACGAUCGGGAGCUCCUCAAACGACACGAGGAACGUGUCGUCCACACAGGGGCCACGGAGCCCGGAGCCCAUGCUUCCGGCACUUUCUGAUGCUAAAGAGGAGGAUAACGACGAUACGGUGAACAUACUGGAGAUCGGCUACCCUGAGCUGAUAGAGCAGAUGAAGGCGCGCCGUUGCGUGGAGCUCUACGUAGUCUACUCUGAGCGCUUCCUAGAGAAACAAACGGGGGAGCUCAUCGACACCAAGGCGAGCGGGGUGCUGCAGUGCCCACUGAGCCAGGGGCUGCUGGCCCUCCUCACUGGCUUUGCCCUGCUCCUGGCCAGCCUUCCUGCACUAGCGUGAUGCACGAGUCAAGCAACUGCAAGAGAAGAGCUCACACCAUCAUGUUCCGCAAAGCCCGGAGAUUUAUAGUACUCAAGGAUGACGUCCUGUCACAGCUUCUCCAACCGAUCGCCAGUGUGAUUUCUGCUGCCAUGUCUCCUUUCACGUAGGUCCUUCGGCAUUUUGUGUUGCAGUUAAAUUUUCACAACCGACUGGAGUCAAUGAUGACAUAAAUUAUGGAGCAAAAUUGCAUCACUGGAUAAAUACUACACAAUAAGCGUACGCAUGAACAUGACUAGACAUUACGUAACUAGUCACAAGGUUACCAUGGUAAGGGACCAAAAUAUUAAACAAUUUAGGACAUUUGAUUUCAUGGGAAAAACGUUACAUAAAAUAAUUAAAUGUUCCCGAGCCAGCUAAGGCUGCAUGACACUGGGUAAAAUAGGAAUUACAUUUUUUUUCCAUCAGAAUUUAGAUCAUAUUUUUCUCUCAUGAUUCUUGAGAUAUUAAUUUCUCUCUUUAUUAUUUGCAUUACAUGUAGUUGGUUCCAUCUUCAUAAAGACAAUGGGACAGUCACAUCAACUUUGCAGAAGGAAAAGGCCACGGUCCUGUUUAACUACUUUUCAUCUGCAAGAAACACUAAACACGAAACAUAAAACUCAUCUAUUCUUAAUUAUAACACCUUUAAAAUGGUUUUCUACAAAUUCAUCAUUUUCCUAGACAGCUGCAACUUUUGCAAAACAUGAGUUACAUACUAUGCUUUUAACUGCCAUUUUUGUCUUUGUAUCCAAAACAAUUCCACAUUUGACCCCUUUUUGAUACGAGCUCCACAUUAUUGCUUAAACUAGGGUUGGAAAAAAUGUUCCUCUUUCUCAGUCAACCAGAGAGGUAUUCUCUAGGCUAAAUCAUUUUGUUCAUGAUUUUGAAGCUUUUUCUUACAUCGUAUGACACACAUUUGUUUUCGGAUUUGAUCCCUCUUCAUGUGUACUGUUAGUCACAUGGUGUAACACAGUCCUGUCAUUUGUUGAUACAGCUUAGGGAGAAAAGGGGAGCGCUUGAUUUGAUGCUACAGAUCUGAGAUCUCUCUGCUAAUGUUAACACGACACAAUCAUUAUCAUGUAAGAAUGAGGUUGCAUAGAGGUAUGAAUCGAGAUCAUGAUUUAAAAAUGAUUAAUCGUGCAGCCCUAAGUACCAGCUGCAAUGUUAUCGGCAAAACUUUAGAACUGAAGGUAAUGUAUACUGUAAGUUUUUGUAGCAUUUUAGGCGUAGGCUGCCGGAAAAUAAUUCAGAACUGCUAGAUCCACAUGUUGCUAUGGGCAUAACACUUUUGCACUUUUUUUUUAAUUACUGAAUAUUAUAUUUAUAAACAAUAUGCUGAGACAAAUAAUAUAUACAAAAGUUCCUAGUGUAUGCUGCAUGGCAGACCUAGAAUCAGGCUUAUUCUUUACUGUUUUUGGUAUUGUACUAUUAAUAAUGGAUUGUUUCACGGAUGUUCAGGUAAAAAGAAAAAAACUCCUUCAUCAUGACACUGGUUCCCAAAGGCAGCUUCAUUGUCACUGUAGGCUGGAUGUGAUCAGACACAAGCAGGGUCCUUUAAUGAAACCGACCAUGACGUUAAAGGUUCUCUUCUCUAGUGUAAUUUUCAGAGUUACAGUAAGACACCAAAAAAAGAUGGAAUAGAAUUAAGUCACAGAUUCGUCAUAUUUGAAGACAAAGUACAUUUGUCAUUUUUGUGAAUCAUUAUGACUUUGGCUAACCUAUUUAGGAAUUCUUAUACAAUGCAUGGAGAAGAUACAUGUGCAGUGUGUAUUUAAUAGAUGUACUUAUGUUUAUCAGUGAGUCUGUCUCCGUGCACCACAUAUGGCCUCUCUCUCUCAUUAUCCCUGGAUGUCUGUCGCUUAAGUGCUCUUACUUCUCAUACACUCUCCAUUUCAAGGAUCCUAAAGGCCUGAGGUUCAAUACCGUGUCUUAUUGCUGUGGCGGAAAGUUUUGACAAAAAUGCAUUGAAGUCAACGGGAGAGAACGAGGGAUGAAAGAGGAGUGCAGGUCAAGAUGGUGGUCUGAAGGUGUUGGGCGAUGAGGCCUGAGGUUGAGUAUCGAGUGUUGUUGCUGUGGCAUGAACACUGGCCGAGUAGGAAAACUUUGAAUUAGUCAUACCCCUUUUCUACAAUGUGUCAUUUGUACGCAGCUGUUUCAUACAUGCAUUUCAUACGUGUAUUUCAUACAUGUCUUGAAGGUGAAUGUAGAAGGUGAGAGCAGCCUGUGUGUUUCGCUGUUUCAGUGAAAGUUCAAUAACUUCAGUUCUGUAUAAUCCUCCUAUAAUCCUUCUAAUAUAGCGUGACAUCUUUUAUACACACAAAUUUACACACUGAGAGCGGAUGGCUGUAGAUUUAAAACAAUCUCACCUAUAUAUAAGAGGUACCUAUAUAUACUGUAAGAGGUAAUGGCAAAAUCCCAUACUUGUACUUGCAAUAGAUGCUCCUUAGGAUGCCUCUAUGUAUUGAUUCUUUCUACACCCAAUUUUGUGUGAACAGACAUAAGCUUCUAUAUUUGAUCUGCAUUGUCUGAAAGGGCACUGUUGUCUUGUGAACAUAAUAAAGUUCCUGUGAAUUCUACAACUGAUUUAAUCUUUGGUUUCCUUAAACUGCCAGUAAGUCUGUCACUUGUUUGUGUUUGUAUAUGUUAAAUAAAAUUCCCCAAGCAUUAUUUUCUUCCUCGUAACGCCACUUAUUUAAAACUGCCAUGGACUGUAGGACUGGAGAAUUGGUUUCUUUCUGUCUCUUAUUCACAUGUUUGUAAGUUGGGGGUGUGGCUGACAUUAAUCAGGGCUAAGACACUCAUUUCACCUGUGCCUUACUACCAAUUAUGUAAGAGCGUUCUGUCCCCACCCCUGUACCUUGUCAUUGCCCAUUGCACGACUCGGCACUCCUUUCGUUGUUUCCCCUUGUGCCGAUGCUGGAAUUUUGUUUUAUUUCUUCCUUGCUGUUUUUGAAAACCAUUCUCCACUCCAACACUAAAAUAAAGGCUGAGUUCCUUCCUUG